AUGUCGGCCGCGUCCGCCGCUGCGCCAGACGCGCUUGUCUCGACCAGCGACCGCACGGCGAGCGGCUCCAAGUCGAAGAGGAAGCGGAGAGACUCGCUCAGCAAGUCGGGAAAGAAGCGCGAGCCCACUCGACAGGAAUCGCUCGGCGGAGCGGUGAUUCGAUCGCUCUUCGGCACGCUUGCCUUCCUGUUCAAGCGGCCCGUCCGUCUGUUCCGCCCCGUCAAGCUGUCGUCAUGGACGAUCCUCGAGGCCAUGGCGAAUCGCGAGGGCCGCAAACUCAGCCUCCGCUACCUGCGCACGCUGCUGCGCCGCGAGAACUCCAACUUUCUGCCGCACCUUCUUCUGCCUCCGCUCCUCUUCAAUACCGCCAUCGGCUUCACGCUCUUCGAGGCAUACAGCAUCACGGAGAGCCGGCUCCUCGCCCGGUCGAAACGACAAGCCAGCAGCCCUGGCACCGAUGCGGAAGAUGCAGAAGAUGAGGAAGAAGCGAGCGCUCCGACGCCAAAGUGGACGCCGCUCUGGAUCGUCACAGCUUCCGGUGCGGUGGCAGGCGCCGCACAGUGCUUCCUCUCGGCACCGCUGGACAAUGUGCGCUACAUCAUGCAGCGCAACGUCAGCGCAUCCGACUCGCAUGCACGCGGCGGCGCUAGAGCGGUGACCCUCAUAUCGUGGCGCGCUAUCCUGCGUGCGGCGAUCUUGCCGUUCGCGCCGGCGAUUGCACGCGACAAGCUCGUGCACGACGUGCAGAAGGAGGCGAUCGAGCAUUCCAAACGCACGCCCAAGCCCACGCUGCGUGCGCGCAUCGUGGCGCUGCUCGAGCCGGCGACGGCGAGUCGCGAUGCGGCCGAAAGCGUGAGUCAGCGCUUCAGCAUGUCGCCCGAGAAGCGGCAGGAGUGGGAGAAGCGCCUCAAGCGCUGGCGCGGCGGCGUGCACGGCUCGGGGCUCGCACUCUCGCUCAUCCGAGACAGCGUGGGAUUCGGCAGCUUCUUCUUCAUCUUUGAGGUGUCGAGGCGGUGUGCCUUUUUCGCCUCGACGUCCGUCGACCGCAUGAGUGCGUGGUUCAAUGCGCGCGGACUCGGCGUUGUGCGGCCAGGCGGAGAGACGACGCAGCAGGACGGCCCCAACGUCGUCGGAAGACGCAAGAGCGAUGAUGGGAUGGGCGGGGGCGAUGUGCACAUCGAAGACGCAGGACGAGUGGCACACUGGAUCCGCGAGGGCCAGAGGAACGUCACGGAUGCCGACGUGAGCUACAACCAGUCGCGCACGGUGCAGGGACGGGUGGUGGCGGUAAUCAUCCUGCUGGUGGGCGGUGCGGUGGGUGCGUUUUCGUACGAGCUGGUCGGACGGCCGUUUGAACUGAUGCGCGUCGUCAUCUGGGAGGGGCGCAAGCAGUGGGAGCAGGGCAAACGCGAGCCUGGCUUCCGAUCGUCGGCGAGACGCAGCGCAUCCACGGCUUCGGCGGCGCCAUCGAGCGCCGACGCGAUGGGCGUGACUACGCUCGGCAGAACAAGAGUGCGCGGUGCCAGGGCGGCGGCGCAGGCUCGCGCGGAAGCGUACGAUGGACGGCUGUGCAAGCGGCGAGCCGACUUUGUGGUGCUGCGUGCGCAGAAUACGAUGGGCACCCAUGUCUCGCGCGUCUGGGGGCGCGCCAAGCUCACGCGUCCACCACAUCCGCUCCGGCUCACUGGCCCGGCAGUGCUCCACCGACCGCAGAUCAACGGUACAGCAGGUCCGAGACUCACCAGCUCCCGCGCGCUGCAGCAUCGCAAGACGCUCAAAGCGCCGACUUCUACAUUGCCAUCGCACACGGUCGAGAGCGAAAGGCCCCCGCAGCACCGCCGAACUCACCGAGCUGCGCCGACGCUGGCGACGCGACCUGGCUUUCUGACGCUGCUCAUCGAGCAUGCACAGAGCACGGCGCAGCUAGACCGUAAGCACUCGGGCGUCGAUCCGUCCAAGACUUCCAUCCCGCUGCUGCUGCUGCACACGUACUUUAUUGCGCCCUUCCUGCCCGAGAUCCCCGAGCCGGUGCUGGACAACGAGCUGGUGCGUGCCGCUGCCGGUGUCGACAAACACCUCCGCCCCUCCUCUGGCGCGCAAACGGUCAAGACGCAGACGGAUCUCAUGGAAAAGGUGAGCACUGUCGCUCAGCGCACGCUGCUCAUGUCGCUUGCAUCAAGACGCAGGUCAGCCGAGUCGCCCGAGGCCAAGCUCAAGAGGAACUGGAUCAAGAACAAUCCCGUCAACGUCAGCUUUGCGAAAGGAAAGGCAGCAGGGACGGAUGGUGGGAAGAGAGCGGGUGGGUUCGGAGCGAGCGACAGAUCGACGCUUCAGAAGGGCACGAGGUAUUGGGCGAGCGGCAGAGUCGUCUGGUCGCUCAAGCGGCUCGCCACCCCGUACGGCGUUGCAUUUCUCGUAUUUGCCUGGCUCGGAGGCGAUCUCAACUAA